AAGAUUAAUGCAAAUAUGAUGGCCAUAAUGUCCUCUGGUAUCGCUGUGUCCUUGUAAACAAUAAUUGAAAGAAACUGGAGAUUAUUCACGGUAAACUCGUGAUCACUUCCAUUCCCUCAUUCGUCGAAAGGAGGUGAAACAUCUCAACAGUAGCUAAUAUUAGCUACAGUACACACGACAUAAAAGUGCCAGUAAAUACACGGUAUUUUCUAGAUAUGAUUCAGUAAGAAGCAUGGUGGUAAACGCGAGCCGUCGGUCAGUCACUGUUUUUGGCUUGAACAUCUUUGCUUAAUAAAUGUGGCGAGCAAGAUAAUGAUGCGGAAUACAGGAGAAGAAAGGCGUAUCGCUACGUGGUGGAUGGGUGGUGUUGCCUCAGCUGGUGCUUGUUGCUUCACGCAGUGCCUUGACACAGUGAAGGUUCAAAUGCAAACCCAACAAGAAGUUCGCCGCACAAUGUUACAAACAACAAUGGACAUAAUUCGUUCAGAUGGCAUUCUUGCUCUAAAUAAUGGACUGUCAGCUGCUAUAAUGAGGCAACUUACUUAUUCCACCUUCCGCUUUGCCUUUUAUGAGGCUGUGAAGCAACACAUGGACCCUAAAGGAAAUAAUGUUCCUUUCCACCUUAAAAUAGGAAUAGCAGCAGUUGGUGGUACAAUAGGUGGUUUCAUUGGCACACCAGCAGAUGUAAUAAAUGUUCGUAUGCAGAACGAUAUGAAACUUCCUCGAAACCAAAGGAGAAAUUAUCGACAUGUAUUUGAUGGGCUGGCACGCAUAUACAAAGAAGAAGGCAUGCGUGGACUUUUCUCAGGAGCGACUAUGGCUACUGGUCGAUCGAUAUUGAUGACUGUGGGUCAACUAACUUUCUAUGACCAGUGCAAAGUCAUGCUAAUGUAUUAUUUAGAUCUCAAAGACAACAUUAGCACCCACUUCCUAGCAAGCAUUGUGGCGGGAGCGGUGGCUACUACACUAACUCAACCAAUUGAUGUGCUCAAAACACGUACUAUGAAUGCCCGACCAGGAGAAUUUAAGAGUAUGUGGCAUAUUAUUCUGCACACAGCUAAGUUGGGACCACAAGGCUUCUUCAAGGGCUACAUUCUCAGAUUUAUUCGUCUUGCCCCACACACAAUACUGACUUUUAUCUUUUUUGAGCAACUUCGUCUCAAUUUCGGCAGAAUUGUGCCUCCUGAUAGAUGAUAACAACUACAUUUAAUGAGGUUCUGCAAAAGGAUUGUAGACAUUUCUUCAUCUGGGAGAAGCCCUAGCACACUAAUGGUAUGAAGCAGUAUUUGUAUAGUAUUUCAUUUGCUUGUGUGACUGUGAUUUAUAGUUUGGAUAAAUUACUAAACAAGGCUUGUGAAUUUAUCUAGUGUAUGAAAUUGAUGAUAAAUGUAGCAGUAAAAAUACUAUUAGUUUGAAGUAUAAUGUGUUUUAUUUGAUUAAAUUCUGCAUUACUGCUGACCUUGCAAUCCAUGAAGGAUAUGGGUGUGCUCUUGUCAUUAUGUCCAUUAACCCUCAAGUGGGCGUGCCAAUUUUAGUAACAUGAGCAGGUGCGUGGCAUAUUUUAUACGUGUGUAAAGGAUAGCUGUCUUUAUGUUAUCAGAGGAAACAUAUAUGAGCAAAAUCAAGGCAAUGUUAUAAUAAACUUUUGUGCACUAAAUCAUUGCUUAAUUAAACAAUAAUAAAAUAAACUUUCAUUGUAUCACUCUGUUGUCAUGUACAAGUGCCCUUGGAGCAUUAAACAGUAAAGCUGUAUCAGAGCCUUGCCACAUGCUUAUUUGAUUACUAAUUAUCUCGUGGACAAGUGCAUCAUUGUGGAAUUGUGCUGCUAGCUUAGAAUCUGGACCAUUUUCUUCCAUGGAUCAUGUUUUUUUUUUCCUCAUAUAGUUUGCUGAUUAUUUUAUACUACUGCUGCUUAUUUGAAUUUAUGGCAAUGCAACGCAUCAAUGUGUUGACUGAAGCAAUGAUGAAAGAAUAGGAACAGGCUUGCAAUUGUAAAACAGCAAUGGAACAGUAGAAGGCAAUGUUAUUUGUGAUUGGCACACUUUAUAUAUAGGAAUGUCGACUUGAGGAUUAAGAGAGACCGAUGCAAUUUCUAAUUCCGGCUAAAU